AUCUCCUGCAGAAGGGGAAUGGCAUCUUCAACGGUCAUCUCUGCACCUUACGGUUCUUGGAAGUCACCCAUCACCUCCGACAUGGUCUCCGGCGCCACCAAGGGCCUCGGCGGGACCGCAGUCGACGGCCGUGGCCGACUCAUUUGGUUGGAAUCACGUCCAACAGAAUCUGGGCGGAUAGUUCUUGUUCUUGAGGCAGAAAACCAAGGUGGUGAACCUGUGGAUAUUACUCCUAAGGAUUUUGGAGUGAGAACAUUGGUUCAGGAAUAUGGAGGUGGUGCUUUCACUGUUUCAGGGGAAGUUGUCUUCUUUGCUAAUUACAGUGAUCAGAGAUUGUACAAGCAAUCAAUUAAUUCUCUAGAUGUGCCCCCUUUACCUCUCACUCCAGAUUAUGGUGGACCUCUAGUCAGCUAUGCCGAUGGAAAAUUGGAUGCACGCUUUAACCGUUUUAUUUGUGUUAGGGAGGAUCGUCGACAAAGCAGUCUAAAUCCACCUACAACUAUUGUAUCUAUAGCACUUGGCAGCAAGGAUGUUGAGGAGCCAGAAGUACUAGUUAGUGGAAGUGACUUCUAUGCUUUCCCUCGUCUUGAUCCUAAAAGUGAAAGAAUAGCAUGGAUUCUGUGGAAUCACCCGAACAUGCCAUGGGAUAAAACAGAACUUUGGGUUGGCUAUAUUUCUGAAAAUGGAGCAAUCUACAAGCGUGUUUGUGUUGCUGGGUAUGAUCCUUCACUUGUGGAGUCUCCAACUGAACCCAAGUGGUCCCCUGAUGGGGAGCUCUUUUUCAUUACAGAUAGGGGAAGUGGUUUUUGGAAUAUCCACAAAUGGAUUGAGUCUGAGAAUAAGGUCGUAUCGGUUUAUUCUUUGGAAGCUGAGUUUACAAGGCCACUGUGGACUUUUGGUAUGAAUUCUUAUGAAUUUAUUCAAAGUCCUAAACAGAGAAACUUAAUUGCUUGCAGUUACAGGCAGCAUGGGCAGUCAUAUCUUGGAGUUAUUGAUGUGCCAGGAUCAAAAUUAUAUGUGAUUGAUAUCCCUUUCACAGAUCUUAAUAACAUAACUUCUGGUAAGGAUUGCAUUUAUUUGGAGGGAGCAUCUGAGGUUCAUCCAUCAUCAGUGGCCAAGGUGACUUUAAAUGAUGAUAAAUCAAAAGCAGUGGGCUUCAAUAUUAUUUGGACCUCCUCACCAGAUAGUUCAAAGUUUAGUUCAUACGUCAGUAAGCCAGAGUUGAUUGAAUUCCCAACUGAAGUUGCUGGUCAAAAUGCUUAUGCAUACUUUUAUCCACCGUCUAAUCCUGAUUUCCAAGCAAGUGAAGAAGAAAAGCCUCCUUUGUUGUUGAAGAGCCACGGUGGACCAACUGAAGAAACUCAUGGAAUUUUAAAUUUGAGCAUUCAGUACUGGACUAGUCGUGGUUGGGCAGUCGUUGAUGUUAAUUAUGGUGGAAGCACUGGUUAUGGGAGGGAGUACAGAGAACGGCUUUUGGGAAACUGGGGAAUAGUUGAUGUCAACGACUGUUGUAGUUGUGCUACAUAUUUGGUGAACAGUGGAAAGGUGGAUAAGGAGCGGCUGUGUAUAAUGGGUGCCUCAGCUGGUGGGUACACCACCUUAGCUGUUCUUGCUUUCAGAGAAACUUUUCAGGCUGGGGCUUCUUUGGCUGGUAUAGGUGAUUUGAACUUAUUGAGAGCUGAAACUCAUAAAUUUGAAUCCCAUUAUGUUGAUAACCUGGUUGGAGGUGAGAAGGAGCUUUUUAAAAGAUCUCCUAUCAAUCAUGUUGACCAAUUUUCUUGUCCCAUUAUUAUAUUCCAAGGAUUGGAGGACAAGGUUGUGCCACCGGAUCAAGCUCGGAAAAUUUACCAGGCAGUGAAGGAAAAACUUGUGCCAGUUGCUCUUAUUGAGUAUCCAGGAGAACAACAUGGUUUCAGAAAGGCUGAGAACAUUAAGUUUACACUUGAACAAGAAAUGGUCUUUUUUGCACGAUUGAUUGGGCACUUUGAUGUUGCUGAUGAUAUUUCUCCCAUCAAAAUUGACAACUUUGAUGACUAAUGGCUUUUUCAGAGUGUGUUGCAGAAAUUCAGAAAGUAAGAUGGAAAAUUGCUGUACUGAUGUGUCUCUUCUGUCACAUAGUUGUAGUAGUCCUCUAUAGAAGGUCUAUGUCAAUUCCCAUUGCCAAUGCCAAGAGUGUGGGAGUUUCUACCAUGUUUUAUCUAAUCUCGAUUGGAGUUGAAUUUACUCUUGAAUCGUGUUUUCAAUUAUGAAUUUAUAUUUUGAAUGUGUAAUGGAGAUACAAUAUAUGUUUGUUUUUUAUAUGUCCUGUAUGAAUAAAGUGGGUGAUGAUAAAACAU